GUGUGGUGCAGUUGGUAAUGGACUGACACUUCGGGAGACGCCGCUUGGUUUGUGUGGGAAGGACUGUUUCUGGUAUGGAUCCACUCGAUGAUUUCACAGUUAACUGGGAUCUUCCUGACACAAGAGAUAUUCUUUUAAAUCCACAGUCUCUAGUGGUGCAGGAUGCACAGAGUGCUGGAUUUAGAAAUGUUCCAUCUGCAACUUGUGCCUUACCAAGUGUAUCUCCACUUGCGGGUGAUUAUAAUUUUGCAGCACAGAUACACCCUGAUGGGCCAGACUGCCUAUACUCAGCUAAUCUGAAUAAGAUAUUUGUGAAUAUCAACAAAAAUGUACCAGUGAAGUUUCGGCUGAAUCCUCACGUCACAGAUCUGUACGUACGCGCUCUCCCAGUGUAUGUAAGCUCCAAUGACCAGCAGCAUGUAGUGGUGCGAUGCUUAACUCAUGUGGCAUCUGACACUCAGGAAGGAAAAGAUGUGGAAUUGGUACAACAUGUCCUACGCUGUACUUCAACAAAUUCUGCUCUAUAUUGCUCAGAUGUGAACAGUGGCCGGUUAAGUGUUGUUGUUCCAGUAGAAAGUCUACAAUCUGGAAUGGAUUAUUUCACUGUUUCCUAUCAAUUUACUUGUCUCAACAGUUGUCAGAAUGGCAUUGGCAGGCGACCAAUGGGAAUAAUCUUUACUCUGGAGAAUGACAUGGGAGAAGUCCUGGGGCGACAGUUCAUGAAUGUACGUGUCUGUAGCUGCCCAAAACGUGAUAAAGAUAAAGAAGAGGGGAAAACAAAUGGAGAAAAAGUACAAAGUACAAAGAGGGCUUUGAAAACAGAAACAAAGGAACCUCAAAAAAAAAUUUUGAAGACUGAGCCAGGAACAGGCGUGGUUGUCAAGAUACCUGUGAAGGCUUGCCAUGCAAAAGAAUUGGCAAAAUUUGCUCAGGAUUUGAUAUACAGGGAUGUUGGUAAGGAGCAAAGACAGCUUAAUGAUCAAGAUAAAUCAUUACUUGCACUGUAUGAACGUAUUAUUGAGACUCCUGGAGAAGAACUGUUGCGAGGAACUGCAUUUAGUGUAUUUCAAGAAUAGCUCAUUUAUUCAGUACAUUUUUGUUCACGUUUGAUGGGUAUUUGUAAGACAGCAUUCCUUAUUUCCCGAACUAUUUUCAUUAUUUUGAGUAAAAUAAAUUUGAUUUUUUACUUUUUUGAAAAUAAAUCUUUUUUUAACAUG